CUGAGCUGCUUCUGUGCUUGUACACUCUGAGGUCUCUCCAGCAGACACACAUCCCUGUCACUGCAAGGCAGGCUGCGCUGCUCUGACCACCACAUCUCCAGUGACCAAGGGAUCUGUCUCCAGAGCCUCCACUUCUGAUUCACAAGAUCACUUUCAUUCACUCUUGUUCAUCCCACUUUUCCUGAAGAAAAAAAAAAAAAUCAGAAAAGAAAAAGGAUAGAUUCAUGGACUGCUGCUGACAGACUGCUAUACAGAGGGCUGAUAUUUGCCAACUUGUGCUUUGCAGACUUUUGAGCUUUGGAUAAGAGGUACCAGCUCCCUGUGAUGAGGGAUCCUUAUAUUGGGAAUUAAGCAGAACAAGACCCAGCACCCUUUCCCCCUGAUCAUUAAGGUGAGAAAACUCAUCUUGAACUUUGGAUAAGCAGGCAUACCUAUUGUGCCAGUGUCUGGUACCGAGGUUGGUGCUGAUGUGGGCUUCCAUGGAAUGAAGAAGGAGCUAUUGGAUCAAGGGUUAGCUUUGAAUGGUUCAACUUCCAAGCACCUGAGGAGGACUCCCAUAGUGUAGAUGAUGUUGAAGAAGAGCUGCUGUUUAGUAGCUAUACUACAAUUUUUACCCAACUGGAAUUAAAGGUGUAAUAUUAAGAGAGUCAGUAUCCUAUCUGGAGAUGGACUUGCUGUCUGCAACAUACCUUUUGGCAGUUUUAAUAGCCUGCAUAGUAUAUGAGUCUGGUGCUCAAGAGAAGAACUACAUAAUACGAGAAGAACGUCAAGAAAAUGUACUGAUUGGAAACUUGCUGAAAGACCUCAACCUUACUCUAGACCCUGACAUAGCUCUCUCAACACCUCUUCAGUUUAAGCUGGUGUAUAAGACUGGAGAUGUUCCCUUGGUUCGAGUUGAAGAGAACACGGGUGAGAUCUUCACUACUUCAAACCGGAUAGAUCGUGAAAAGCUCUGUUCUGGCAUAUUUACUGAAAACAAGUGCUUUUACGAAGUGGAAGUGGCUGUUCUUCCAGAUGAAGUUUUCAGACUAGUCAAGAUCCGGUUCUUAAUAGAGGAUAUCAAUGACAACUCUCCUCUCUUCCCUUCAACGGUCAUCAACAUCUCUAUUCCAGAGAAUACCGCUGUCAACUCUCGAUAUUCAGUUCCAUCUGCCAUUGAUCCAGAUGUUGGAAUGAAUGGAAUUCAGCACUAUGAACUCCUUAAGGGUCAGAGUGUUUUUGGACUGGAUGUAAUUGAAACACCAGAAGGGGACAAAUGGCCACAGCUUAUUGUCCAGCAGAGUUUGGAUAGAGAACAGAAGGAUACCUAUGUCAUGAAGAUUAAGGUUGAGGAUGGUGGAGAUCCUCCAAAAUCAAGUACUGCAAUUUUGCAAGUAACUAUUACUGAUGUUAAUGACAAUCGUCCUGUGUUUAAGGAAAAGGACAUUGAGGUUAAUAUCCCAGAAGAUGCUGCAGUAGGUACUUCCGUGACUCAGCUUCAUGCCACGGAUGCUGACUUAGGUUCCAAUGCAAAAAUUCACUUUUAUUUUGGAAAUCAGAUAUCUAAUCUUGCUAAACGGCAUUUUGCUAUAGAUAAUAAUACUGGAUUAAUUACUGUCAAGGAGCCCUUGGACAGAGAGGAAGCUCACUAUCAUAAACUUACAGUAUUGGCAAGUGAUGGCAGUUCAACCCCAUCUAGAGCUACCGUAACAAUAAAUAUCACUGACAUUAAUGAUAACAUCCCAUCCAUUGACACUAGGUACAUUAUAAAUCCUGUGAAUGGCACAGUGUUGCUAUCAGAGAAAGCUCCACUUAAUACAAAAAUAGCCCUAAUAACGGUAACUGACAAAGAUGCUGAUCUAAAUGGAAAAGUGACAUGUUUUACAGAUCAUGAUGUUCCAUUCAGGUUGAAACCAGUUUUUGACAAUCAGUUCCUUUUAGAGACUGCUGCUCCUCUUGAUUAUGAGACUACAAGAGAAUAUGCAAUUAAAAUAGUUGCCUCAGACUCUGGGAAGCCUCCAUUAAAUCAGUCUGCAAUGCUUCUCAUUAAAAUAAAAGAUGAAAAUGAUAAUGCUCCUGUCUUUACUCUGCCAGUGAUUGGCCUCUCCUUUAUUGAAAACAAUCCUCCUGGAACAGAGCUGACCAAAAUCAGUGCUACAGAUGCAGAUAGCGGUCGCAAUGCAGAACUUAGUUACAUUCUUGGUCCAAAUGCGCCAACAAUUUUCAACUUGGAUAGGCGUACAGGAAUCCUUACAGCAGUGAGAAAAUUGGACCGAGAGAAACAAGAUCGAUACUCUUUCACAGUGAUUGCAAAAGACAAUGGAAGCCCCUCCCUACAAGCCAAUACUACUGUUACCUUAUCAGUUCUUGACCAAAAUGACAACAGUCCAUCAUUCACACACAAUGAAUACAACUUCUAUGUACCAGAGAACCUCCCAAUGUAUGGAACUGUGGGUCUUAUUACCGUCACAGAUGCAGAUUCUGGGGAAAAUGCUGUGGUUACACUCUCACUUGUCAAUGCAAAGGAUAAUUUCCUAAUAGAUCCCCUUACUGGUGUCAUCAGGCCAAAUAUAACAUUUGAUAGAGAGCAGCAAGGCUCAUACACCUUUCAAGUUAAAGCUGUAGACAAAGGAAAUCCACAAAAGUCUUCAACUGUUAAGGUCACCAUAUUUGUUGAAGAUGUCAAUGACAAUAAGCCUGUAUUUGUCAUCCCCUCAAACAAUUAUUCAUAUGAAUUAGUGCCAACCUCAACCAACCCAGGAUCUGUUGUGACCAGAGUAUUUGCUGUUGAUAAUGAUACAGGUGUAAAUGCUGACCUUCGCUACAGCAUUAUAGGUGGGAAUUCAAGGAGCUUGUUUACUAUUGAUGAAAAGACAGGGAACAUCAGCCUGAAGGAAAAGGUUUUAACUGGUGAUCAUGGUUUACAUAGACUUGUUAUAAAAGUAAAUGAUUCAGGAAAACCUGAGCCAUUUCACACUCUUGCUCUGGUGCAUUUGUUUGUUAAUGAAACAAUCACCAAUGGAUCUUACAUUCAAGAACUUGUACGUAGAAAUAUGGAAACAGCAGUAGACCAAAACUAUAGAGAUGGUGAGAUAACGCCACAGACCAAUGACUAUGUCAAAAUCAUUAUUGCCAUUAUUGCAGGCACCAUGACAGUGAUCCUUGUUAUAUUUGUCACUGCUUUGGUACGUUGUCGUCAAACACCAAGACAUAAAGUUGUUCAGAAAAACAAGCAGAGUGGAGAAUGGGUUUCUCCAAACCAAGAAAAUCGUCAAAUCAAGAAAAAGAAGAAGAAGAAGAAGCGGUCUCCAAAAAAUCUCCUACUUAAUUUUGUUACAAUAGAAGAAUCGAAAUCAGAGGAUCCUGCUCAUGAGCAUAUUAAUGGUACCUUGGACAUUCCUGUGGAGUUAGAGGAACAGACUAUGGGGAAAUAUAAUUGGGCUACCACACCAACUACUUUCAAACCAGACAGUCCUGAUUUGGCCAAGCACUACAAGUCUGCUUCUCCCCAACCAACAUUUCAGAUAAAGCCUGAGACACCAGUUCCUCCUAAGAAGCAUCAUGUGAUUCAAGAGCUUCCUCUUGACAAUACGUUUGUAGUGGGCUGUGACUCAUUGUCUAAGUGUUCCUCCAGCAGCUCGGACCCUUACAGUGUCUCUGAAUGCAGCUGCCAAGGAGGCUUUAAGGCACCGGGACCUAUCCACACAAGACAGCCCCUCCGUUUUCACUGGAUUCUUGAUAAUGCAGCCUCAGUAAAUGUUGGGCAGCCUACAGCAGUGUCCUGAUCACUGUUUGCUGUCUUGCUCUGAGAACGUCACCGCAUCUGAGGUCAUAUACAGAGGUCGUUUGGGUACUCAAUGAUGUUAAACCAGCAAAUAUGGAAAUAUGAAAACAGCACGAGAAAGCCCUUUCUCCUGACUCUGAUUGCUGAAGACAUUUAUCCACUGAUCUCCAGAGAGGUUUGGAAAUAGAUGAACCAUUGCAACAACCCUACUGAAAGGUAUCCAGGGCAAGACUAUUUAUUCCCCUUUUCUCACGGACAACAAACUUUGUGCUAUAUUGUAGACAUGGAAGCCAACAUAGAUAUUGAAAUAAGAACUUUGUUUUGUCAUCACUCAUUUUGAGGGAUGUUAUAAAUAAAAUAGUGAAUUGUUUUCAAAUAUUGCUUGUAAAAAAAAUAAGAAAAAAGAAAAACACAUCUGCUUCAUUGCUUAUGUUUGUUAUUUAUUUAUAUGUAUGUAAUAUCUGGUUAUGAUCAAUAAAUAUUGAUUUAGGGAGCAAUAAAACAUAUGCAUAUAUGUAUAAAAUAGGAAAAAAAAGAAUGUAAUGUUCUUUAUACGCAACAUUUUUAAAGAUCUGUUUCAAAAAAUGUAUAUUUAAUAGCCGUGUGUGUUACUUAACAGACUCCUGAAUUUCUGGCAUUUCCUGUAGAUUUCUUAAUGAAAUAUAAAAUGUUGUUAUAUCAAACAAAAUAUCAAUUCUUUCACCAAUUUAUUAUAAGUUUUGAGUUGAGUGUUAUCCAUUAUUGUUUUAUAAAUGUGUGAUUGUUUAAAAGAAUAGAUAACCAAUUUGUGUAAAAAAAUAAUUGUGUACAUUUCAUCUAUUUUUAGUUUAGUUUUACUUUUUAAAUACAUUUAACAGACAUCUGCAAACUUUGACAUUGCGUAUUCAAAGGUAGUUACAUGAAAUUGUCUUUCGACAUGCCAACCAUCCAAAAAAGUAGAAGCUACUACUCAAUACUCAUUGUCCAGUGAUAUGUAAUACCCACAUUGAGUUGUGGUCUUGUGUAGGGAAGGAACAACAUUUAUAAUUUGUUCUAUUAUUAUAAUAAUCCCUUUGAGCAAACGCCUUGCUCGCCAAUAUGUUAACUCAAAAUAUAUUCAAAACAAUAAUAUAACAGCAAAAAAAAAAGAUUACAUAUAUCUAAGAACUCAUACAUGGAGCUCUUGGUACACUGGUUUUUCAUUAAUUCUGAAAAAUGGAACCUUGCUCUAUUCCUCUGGUUACUUUGAAUGGACUAACAUAGAUUGUUAAAUAAAAAAAUCUAUCAAUAUUUUAGCGAGUACAGUAAUUGGUUCAGUGCUGCUUUCUCUUUUCUUUUUAUAUACUAGCUGUGAUCUAGCUUUUUAUAUGGCAUCUGAAUAUGAAAGGAAGAAUGACACAUUAGGUUCAAUCAUGUUGUCAUUGUUUCUUUAUAAAAAAAAAAACCUUCUUUCUCAAAAAUCAUACAUUGUGUCUCCUUACAAUACCACUGCUAACAUAACAGCACACAUUAUUCUUUUGUAUUUUAUCUGUAGUUUUGUUAUAUAGUUUUUAGAACACCUGGGAUAUUUGUCUUCUCUUUUGUGAGCGUGACUAUAGAAGAGGGCAGUACUGACAAAAAAAAAAAAAAGCAUAAAACCAAAACAAAAGUUACUCUAAAAAUGUGCUCACAGUGAUAAGCAACAAUUAGUCCCUAAGGGUUAAACGUUCCCCAAAUAUAACCCAAUGUCUACUGGUUUUAUGUUUCAUUUUUGGGUACUUACUAAAUGGAAAAAUCAGGUUUCUUUUUGUAGAUAAGGAUUACAAUGUACCACAUUAGCAGACUCUCUUUAUUUUGGUUUGUUAUAAUAAAUCUGCAUGACCUGUCUGGCUUGUCAGGAUAGUCACACUUACAAAAGGUAGGGACUGCAAAAAUUAGGGCCUGCCUUCCAACCCCAGCUUAAUUCUAUUUAGCUUACCCGAACUAGAGUUGGCAAAAAAAAACUCCACCAUACAAUGAAAAUAAGUAAAAGUUUGGGCAUUGAACUGUUGGUAUUAAGCAGCUUUAUUCAGUCAAAGAGUUUUAUCACUGAAUAGUCAAAAUAGUUAGUCUUACUCAUAAAUGAGGCAUGACUAGAAUGGACAUGGAAGAAAACACAC